AUUGCAAAAUUUAAGAUACUAUAAAAUUACAUUAAUUGCAGAAUUUGUCACUUUACCAUAAAGAUACACUGUAAAUAAUAAACUCUUCACUGUAAAAAAUAAAAAAGAAAUGGUAAAACUAGUAGAAGUAGGUGGUUAAUUGUUAAAAAAAAGAACGUAAAAAUAGGAAAUCUGGUCAGAUUCAGACCAGAGUCUUGCUAGCGAAUCCCCAUUACCGACACUCCCCGAAUAUCUAAGCUCCUUAAUGAUUUUUUUUUUUAUUCUUUCAUUCCCAAUAUACCCUUUCAUACGAUCCAACGGUUCCCAUUUCUCCAUUUUCUCAAAUCUGAAUCUGCACCCUCUAUCAGAUCACCUCACCGAACAUAUCCUUGUCCUUUUGCUCCUUCAGAAUUCAGAUCUAAGCAGCCACACAAAAACAUAAGAAAAAAAAGCAUUCUUUUUUUUUUUUGUUUUCUCUCUCUCUGUUUCUCACUUGCUGAUUCUUGGAGAGAGAAGAAAAACCAAAGGAAAAAGAAGUAGUUUGAGUCUUUGAGCUCAAAGUUACUAUCUUUACUGUGAUCCCAAAAGACCCAAAUGGUGGAAGCGCAAACAUGGACAACAAGGCGGAUGAGCAACCCAAGAUUGGACUCAACCACCACUGCCGACCACGAGGUUUUGGACAUUCCCGUAACCCCAACUGGAGAUGUUAGAAACAGCAUCUACAGCGUUGGAUCGCAUCUCUCUCCUAACCUUUUAACGGCACUGAUCAUUGCUUCAUGGUUCAUGUCCAACAUUGGGGUCCUUUUGCUGAACAAGUAUCUCCUCAGUUUUUAUGGCUACCGUUAUCCAAUCUUUCUCACCAUGCUUCACAUGGUCUCAUGUGCUUGUUACAGUUACGUAGCCAUAAACUUUCUUGAAAUAGUUCCAAGGCAACACAUUUUGUCAAGGAAGCAAUUUUUCAAGAUCUUUGCUUUGAGUGUCAUCUUUUGUUUCUCCGUGGUGUGUGGGAACACUUCUUUAAGGUACAUUCCUGUGUCCUUUAACCAAGCUAUUGGCGCAACGACCCCUUUUUUCACUGCCAUUUUCGCUUUCUUAAUCACUUGCAAGAAGGAAUCUGCUGAGGUUUAUUUUGCACUUUUGCCUGUGGUUUUUGGGAUUGUUUUGGCUAGUAAUAGUGAGCCUUUGUUUAACCUAUUUGGCUUCUUGGUUUGCAUCGGUUCUACUGCUGGUCGUGCUUUGAAAUCUGUGGUUCAAGGGAUCUUGUUAACUAGUGAAGCUGAGAAGCUACAUUCCAUGAACUUGCUGUUGUAUAUGGCGCCUAUGGCAGCAAUGAUUUUGUUACCAUUUACUCUUUAUAUUGAAGGGAAUGUUGCAAGAGUCACACUUGAGAAAGCUAGGAGUGAUUCUUUUAUUAUUUUCUUGUUGGUUGGGAAUGCUACGGUGGCCUAUUUGGUGAAUUUGACAAAUUUUUUGGUUACCAAGCAUACAAGUGCCCUUACUUUGCAGGUUUUGGGCAAUGCCAAAGCUGCAGUGGCAGCGUUUGUGUCGGUUAUGAUCUUCAGGAAUCCGGUGACCGUGAUGGGAAUGACUGGAUUCGCUGUUACAAUUAUGGGAGUUGUGCUUUACAGCGAGGCAAAGAAGAGAUCCAAGGUCACAACACACUGACUCUUAAGUUAAAAAGAGAGGAUGGGAUUCAUUUUGAUUGCCACAAACACGGGUGCGGCUCUUUUUUUCUUUUUUAUUAUUCGCUAUAAUUUCUUGCUUUUUGUAUUUUUAUUACUUUUGAUUAGUUUGAAUGGAGGGAAAGAAUCCAAGAAGAGAAUUUGGAUUAAAGAAAACUGUGAUUGGGUUGUAUAGGAACAAUGAAGGAAAAAAAGGGAAAAGGGUUAGAUGCUCUUUCUUCUUUUGUUAUUGGGGUGGUUUAAGAGAAUAAAAAUUCUCUCUUUUACUUUUCCCCUGUUUGUAAUCUUAUAAUAUGCUUUUGCUUCAUUAAUAUGGACAUAUGGAAGACUCAAUUCAAAUAUUCAUUUUUGUGUGUUACACUUGGGAGAAAAAGUUCUCCCACUUCUAUA